GGGGAGCUUGGCAAGUGCCCCCCGAUAUACAUGACAAUCAGCUUGAUGUCAUUGCGGUAAGGGAUCGUAUGUGCCACAUUAGUAUACACCAGAUGUAGUUGUCUGUUUCUACUAUAUAAUAUACUUCUAUUUCCUUUGAAGUGUACUGUCUUCUCGUAUGCUCAGCUCUCCUUCUUCUCUAAGUCUUCCUGUUGUCUUCCACCUAUAACUUACUUUCAGUAUCAUCUCAUAAACCAGACCAAAGUCUCCCCGAUAGUUUCCCCCUAUGAUGUCAGCAUCCGCUCAACCCAAAAAACCUUUCCAUGUCGCUAUUUGCGGCGGAGGUAUCGGUGGACUAUGUAUGGCCAUUGGUCUCAUCAAACAGAACAUUCCAUGUACAGUAUAUGAAGCCGCGCCUGCAUUUGCAGAAAUUGGUGCAGGAGUGUCAUUCGGACCCAAUUCCAUUAGAGCAAUGGAGUUGAUAGAUCCAGCUAUCAAACGAGGCUUUAACAAUUGCGCAACAUACAAUGGAUCCCCAGAAGAAAGAGAUGUCUGGUUUGAUUUCCGGAUAGGCACGUCAGAAGAAGGCUGGAAAGAUUUCAAAACAGGAAAGCCACCUGUUAAAGAAGGAGAAUUCCUGGCUAAAGUUGUGGCAGAAGGUUAUGGACAAGCUUCUGUUCACAGAGCUCACUUUCUUGACGAAUUAGUCAAAUUGGUCCCAGAAGAGAUCGCACAAUUUGGAAAGAGAGUGGAGAAGGUAGAGGAGAAGGGAAGUAGACUAUUGAUGACUUUCGAGGAUGGAACAACUGCAGAGGCGGAUGCAGUGAUUGGGUGUGAUGGUAUCAAAUCGAGGACGAGACAUAUGGUCCUUGGUAGUGAUCAUGAAGCCACUUCACCAGUCUUCAGUGGGAAGUAUGCAUAUAGAGGCUUGAUUCCCAUGGAAAAAGCGAUUGGAGCUGUUGGAGAAUAUUUAGCCAAAAACAGUCAAAUGUAUCUAGGCCACAAGAGUCACAUCCUAACAUUCCCUAUUGAAAAAGGCGCCACAAUGAAUGUUGUAGCGUUUCAAACGCAACCGGAUGGAAAAUGGGAAAACGAAAAGUGGGUUCUCCCAAUGAAAGAAUCAGACAUGUUCUCCGAUUUUGAAGGCUGGGGUAAAGAUGCAAAGCACGUUUUAUCACUUAUGGAAAAGCCAGACGUGUGGGCUCUCUUCGACCAUCUCCCUGCUCCAACUUACUAUAAAGGCAGACUCGUGCUCUUGGGCGAUGCGGCUCAUGCAAGUACUCCCCAUCAAGGAGCAGGUGCGGGGCAAGCUAUCGAAGAUGCGUUUGUUUUGAGUAAUUUACUCGGAGACUGUAAGGAAGUGGGUGACAUUGAACGAGCAUUUAGAGCAUACGACGAGAUUAGGAGGCCAAGAAGUCAAAAGGUAGUGAAGACGAGUAGAGAGGCAGCGGAACUUUAUGAAUUUGAAAAUGAGGAGGAUGUGGGGAGUGACGGCGCAGAUGUGAAUAUUGAGAGUAUGAAGGGGAAACUGAGGGAUAGGUGCAAGUGGAUUUGGAAUGAAGAUCUGAAGGCGCAGUUAGAGAGUGCUAGGAAGGUUGUGAGGAUAGGGAGCGGGAGGGCGAAUCUUUGAACGGUAAAAGGGAUUUGAAAUUUGGACUGGACAACAACUAAUAUGAACAUUAUGGGACAAGAUGUAAAAUAUUUUCUUUUCUUGUUGCUGCGUGGUCUUAAUGGCGCACCUGGGAGAAGUGCAAAUAAUUACCUAGAUACUGGAAGAUUUAUAUUAUCA